AGUUAUUCGUCUUUGAGUCGUCGAGGCGAACGGUACUCACAGUCGGAGUGCAACUGGCAAUAACAAAACGCGAUGCGGUCCUAAUUGCUCGUGUCGUUGAAACCACAAAUAAAUUACUAAAAAUAAAAAUAACAUAACAUCAGAUAUAACUUAAGAAGAAAAACGCGCGAAUUCUUACUUCCUACAGAAUAGGGGGAAAUAAUUCAAUAAUUUUAAAUUAUUGUUAAUCCGUUUUGUCGUUUUGUUUUGUGCGGUGCUGCCAAAAUUGUGUGUGCCAGUGUGUUGAAAAUUUGAAAUUUUUUAUAAAAAUAAAUACAAAUUUUUAUCUUUACACAACCCAAAAUUCAUUGUCUGACGCGCGUUGCCAAACCCAUGAACAGCGCGCGUGAUGCACAUAUGAAAAGAAAUCUCUAAGAAGAAGUUGGGCUAAAAAAGAAAAGUGAUACCAGAAAAAGUUCCUUAAUACAGAGAGAUUGAUAUAUAUAAACGGAGAGUAGGAGAAGAAGACACAGAGAGUGCGAGGAAAAGAGAGAGAAGGAACGAGAGCGCAAUACACAACAAAGUCAUAAAAAAGCAACGGCCCUGCUGCUAAUUACAAUCAAUCAGAGUUCCUUGUUAGAGAUCAAUAGAGAAAAUCCAUCUAUAAAAUGAUUUCGCACAGUCCACCUAUAUUCAGUCACAGUCCACCCGUUAGUUUCCUAGCGGACUAUAUGAGCGGACAUCAACGUCAACCCCUGAAUUACAAUGACGAGCCCAACAGCCUGAGUGCGCGCUAUUGCCGCCCUCAAGCCGUAACUCUGGCCUCCAAAGCUAUGGUCAACAACGCAUCCAACGCUGCCCAGGGCCAACAGCUGCCCGCCAAAACAGGUGGCACGCCCCUCGGCGUGGGCAGCCGCUCUGGCCGCAGUUACCUGGAGCGCAUGGUCUCUGCCCCAGCGCUCAACACACAGCCUAAAUCGUGCCUCAGCCGCAAAUCCUGCCUGCACAAAGCCAACCAGCUCCCCAGCAUCCCCAGCACAGAUGCCGCUCCCACGGAGAGUGCGGAGCCAACAGACGCAAGCAGCGACUCGGACGGUUUGGCCAGCUGCAAGCAAAGUCACUUGCCCAAAAAGCAUGUGAUCUUUGCUGACGACGAGGGUCUGUCUUUGACGGAGGUGCGCGUGAUGUCCGAGCCCUCGAAUGUGCCGCCAUACUGGAGCAUGAAGUUUUUGGAGCAGAUCACACAGGGACUAGUCAGCCCGCAUCCGCCGGAUCAGUGGACCGUGGACUUUAAGCAGCCAGCAUCCGACUAUUUGACAUUCAGACAAAAGAUCGAACGUGACUUUGUCUCACUGGAGAAUGUCAUUGUAAAGGAUGAGGAAUCGAUUGUGGUGGGCACCAUCAAGGUGAAGAACAUUGAUUUCACCAAGGAAGUCAUUGUGCGCGUCACCUGGGACAACUGGAAGAGCCAGCAGGACAUAUUUUGCACAUAUGCCAGAGCCUACGGCCCCGCCACCUGCGCCCACGUUGUCUUCGAUACAUUCUCAUUCAAGAUUACGCUGCCACCAUCCUCCAAGCGUCUGGAAUUCUGUAUUUGCUAUCGCACAAAUGAUAAAGAAUUCUGGGACAAUAAUGAUGGUAAAAACUAUACCAUCAGCAAACGGUCGCCCUUCUACUACAAUGCCCUGUCGCCCUAUGAUAAGGGUCAAAAUCGUAGUUCCAGCCAGCAAAUGCGAUCCACUUUAACCGAUGCACUUGCCAAAGCACAACAGAAGAACUGGACCCAGGAACCAAAUACGCCAUAUUGGUAGAACAUAUAUACAUCUAUAAACAUAGUUAAAUAUAGUAUAGAAGGUCAAGCUAAUCGUAUAGCUAAGCAGGUCUGUGGCUGGAUCGGACACUGGGAUCUAUUGUGAUUCUCCCGAUUGUUCGAUUGCGCGAGAAAUUUGAUUAAUGUCCAUGCCAAAUGGCGCUCCACCCAAGAAAUCGCCUCUGAGUGUUACGUCCCACAAUAUUGAGAGCGACAAUUCGUAAUUUUUCAUCGUACCACACCUCAUUCAUUUUCUUAAGCCAGAAUCUGGUAAGGUGCCAUUGAGUUGAGGUUUUUUUUCUACAUACAAUCAAACAGAAACUACUUUUAUCUUAAGCACAAAUGAGUUUUGCGAAGGAAGAGAAAAGAAUAUGAAGAAGCUCAUUAAAUUUCAAGGUCCAUAUCUAUAUACCCAUAUACAUAUCUCCAAAAUAUUUGUUGUAGUCCGUUUGAUUGUGUCACGAUAUCGAUAUCAAUUUUUAUUUUCUGUACUCUUAUGUUUACCUGUAUGCCUGUGUGAUUGUCUACCAUCUAAACUGAUAUUAGCUUAAAAACGAAACAGCUCAAGUAAUAAUAAAUUUAAAAAAAAGAAAAAUUAUAAAAAAAAGCGUGAGUUAUCCUAGCAAACCAUUGUUUCGAAAUUCUCUUUAUAUGCAAAUGAAGAAACAGAAAAACAA